GAAAAAAAGAAUUGUUUCAGACAAUACUGUAGUACUGUGGUGAAGAUGGACAAGCGGAUGUGCAGGUGCCGUCCCACUACCAAGACACACCUUCCUGUGCGUGCCGUCAGCUGUUGCCUGCUGCUAUUGUUGCUACUGCUGUCUGCCAGAGAUGGGUGGUGGAGACAUAAAAAUCCCUGAUUGGCGGAUCUAUAAGGUGGAAAAUGCACCAGAGCUGAUGCAAGUGGAGCGUGCCCUUGCCUCUCAUGGGCUGCGAGAUCCCUGGCUAAGGAAUGAAGUGUGGCGAUAUAACAAGAAGGAGUUUGGCACUCAUGGAGAGAGGCUCAGGCUAGUGCUCUUCCGAGGCUUCAAGUGGGGUUUGCUGGCAGCAGUUGGCACAGUUCUUGUGGAGAAAGCUUUUUUCAGUUCUGAUGAUCACCACCAUUAACUUCACCAUUCAGAGACACUUAUCAGUCUUGUAGAAUAGUUAUAUUCACAUUGAUUAAUAAUGUAUAUAAUUUUUUUGGAAAUAAAGUUUUAGAUAACCAUUA